UGCUCCAGUAGGAGCUGGUGGGAGGGAGGGAGUUCUGACUGCACUGAAAAUGCCAUGAAAAAAAAAAAUUAAAAAAAUAAGGCAACUGACAGAAGAGAGAACUUGUCCUGAGAUUGCUGCUUUUUGCAGCGGCGUAAGCGAAGGCUCUGCGAGGGCUGCGGGAGCUGGCGGGAGGCAGAGAUGAAGUUCCGAGGCGGGGGAUUGGGAGCCAACGGCAUCCGGCUGAGCAUGGAGAGCGCGCUGACCGCCCGCGACCGCGUCGGGGUGCAGGACUUUGUCCUGCUGGAGAACUUCACCAGCGAAGCUGCAUUCAUUGAGAACCUGAGGAAACGCUUCAAGGAGAACCUGAUCUAUACCUACAUUGGCUCAGUGCUGGUGUCUGUGAAUCCCUACAAGGAACUGGAAAUCUACACCAAGCAGAACAUGGAGCGGUACCGCGGCGUCAGCUUCUAUGAAGUCUCUCCUCACCUCUACGCCAUCGCAGACAACUCGUACCGCUCGCUGCGCACCGAGAGGAAGGACCAGUGCAUCCUCAUCUCCGGCGAGAGCGGCGCCGGCAAAACCGAGGCCACCAAGAAGAUCCUGCAGUACUACGCUGUCACCUGCCCCGCCAGCCAGCAGGUCGAGACCGUCAAGGACCGGCUGCUGCAGUCCAACCCCGUCCUGGAGGCCUUUGGAAAUGCGAAAACCCUUCGGAAUGACAACUCCAGUCGGUUUGGGAAGUACAUGGAUGUGCAGUUUGAUUACAGGGGGGCUCCUGUUGGGGGCCACAUCUUGAACUACCUCCUGGAGAAAUCCCGAGUUGUGCACCAGAACCACGGCGAGAGGAACUUCCACAUCUUCUACCAGCUGCUGGAGGGAGGGGAGGAGGACCUGCUGAGGAGGCUGGGCCUUGAGAAGAACCCACAGCAGUAUCACUAUUUAGUAAAGGGUCACUGUGCAAGGGUCAGUUCCAUAAAUGACAAAAAUGAGUGGAAGAUCAUGAGGAGAGCCCUGUCUGUUAUCGGCUUCAAUGACAGUGAGGUGGAGGAUUUGCUGAGCAUUGUGGCCAGUGUCCUGCACCUGGGGAAUGUCCAGUUUGCUGCUGAUGAGCAGGGCAAUGCUCAGGUCACUACAGAGAAUCAGAUUAAAUACCUGGCCAGGCUGCUGGCAGUGGAUGGCUCAGUUCUUCGGGAUGCACUGAUCCACAAGAAGAUCAUAGCAAAAGGGGAGGAGCUGGUGAGUCCCCUGAACCUGGAGCAGGCAGCCUACGCCAGGGACGCGCUCGCCAAGGCCGUCUACGGCCGCACCUUCUCCUGGCUGGUCAACAAGGUCAACAAAUCCCUGGCUUACAAGGAAGAGAAGUUUCCAGGCUGGAGAAGUACAACAGUUCUAGGAUUGCUGGACAUCUAUGGGUUUGAGGUUUUCCAGCACAACAGCUUUGAGCAGUUUUGUAUUAAUUAUUGCAAUGAAAAGUUGCAGCAGCUCUUCAUAGAGCUGACCCUGAAGUCAGAGCAGGAGGAGUACGAGUCCGAGGGCAUCGCGUGGGAACCAGUUCAAUAUUUCAAUAACAAAAUAAUUUGUGAUUUGGUGGAAGAGAAAUUCAAAGGCAUCAUUUCUAUUUUGGAUGAGGAGUGUCUGAGACCUGGGGAUGCCACAGACACAACAUUCUUGGAGAAACUGGAGGAGACUGUGAAGAACCACCCUCAUUUUCUCACGCACAAACUCGCUGACCAAAAGACGCGCAAGUCGCUGGGGCGGGAGGAGUUCCGGCUCUCGCACUACGCUGGGGAUGUCACCUACAGUGUUGCAGGUUUUCUAGAUAAAAACAACGACCUUCUCUUCCGGAACCUGAAGGAGACCAUGUGCAACUCAGAGAACCCCAUCAUAAACCAGUGCUUUGAUAGGACAGAGCUGACAGACAAAAAGAGACCUGAAACGGCAGCAACUCAGUUCAAAAACAGCCUCUCCAAACUCAUGGAAAUCCUGAUGUCCAAAGAACCCUCCUACAUUCGCUGCAUGAAACCCAACGAUGCCAAACAGGCUGACCGAUUUGAUGAAGUCCUGAUCCGACACCAGGUGAAGUACCUGGGGCUGAUGGAGAACCUCCGCGUGCGCCGAGCCGGCUUCGCCUACCGCAGGAAAUACGAGGUGUUCCUGCAGAGGUACAAAUCCCUGUGUCCAGAGACGUGGCCCACGUGGGAUGGGCGGCCCUAUGAUGGGGUGGCUGUGCUGGUGAAGCACCUUGGCUACAAACCAGAAGAAUACAAAAUGGGACGAACAAAGAUUUUUAUCCGCUUUCCCAAGACCUUGUUUGCCACAGAAGAUGCUCUGGAAGUGAGGAAACAGAGUCUGGCCACAAAAAUGCAGGCGACGUGGAGAGGUUUCUACCGCCGGAAGAAAUUCCUGACCAUGAAACGCUCAGCCAUCACCAUCCAGUCCUGGUGGAGGGGAACCCUGGGACGCCGAAAAGCUGCCAAGAGGAAAUGGGCAGUGGAGACAAUCAGGAGGUUCAUUAAAGGCUUCAUUUACCGGAACCACCCGCGGUGCCCAGAGAACGAGUAUUUCCUGGAUUACAUCCGAUUCUCCUUCCUGAUGAACCUCAAGAGGAACUUACCAAAAAAUGUCUUGGACAAAUCGUGGCCAACUCCUCCCCCAUCACUCUGUGAGGCGUCGCAGCUCCUGCGCAGGCUCUGCAUGCAGAACAUGGUCUGGACCUACUGCAAGAGGAUCAGCCCCGAGUGGAAGCAGCAGUUGGAACAAAAAGUAAUUGCCAGUGAGAUUUUCAAGGGUAAAAAAGACAAUUAUCCUCAGAGUGUUCCCAGGCUCUUCAUCAACACUCGACUGGGUAGAGAAGAAAUAAAUACUAAAGUCCUUCAGGCAUUAGAAAAUGAAGCACUUAAGUAUGCAGUGCCCGUGGUCAAGUACGACAGGAAGGGCUACAAGGCGAGGGCACGGCAGCUGCUGCUCACCCAGAGCUCGGCCAUCGUGGUGGAGGAGUCCAAGAUCAAGCAGCGCAUCGACUACUCCAACCUGACAGGCAUCUCCGUCAGCAGCCUGAGCGACAACUUGUUUGUGCUGCACGUGCACUGUGAGGACAACAAGCAGAAGGGUGAUGUUGUCCUGCAGAGUGACCACGUGAUUGAGACACUGACAAAAACUGCCAUUCUGGCCAACAAAAUCAACAAUGUCAACAUCAACCAGGGCAGCAUAAAGUUCACAGUGGGACAAGGCAAAGAAGGGAUCAUCGACUUCAUCUCGGGAUCAGAACUGCUCAUAGCCAAAGCCAAGAACGGGCAUCUAACAGUGGUCGCUCCUCGGUUGAAUUCCCGAUGAUGAAAAUUUCCCUGCUCCAGGACCUUCCCUCCACAGAAUUGGCUGAACAUUGCUCCCAGCAAACCCCCCCUCCUCGCUUUGCUCUUUCUGUUACUACCAAAGACCUGCACUUUCAGAACAACCACAAAAUACAUCCUUGCUCUCUUGUCUUACUCUCAAAGUCCCAGACAAAGGCCUUCUCCUCUCCUCCUUACCCGACUGAGUGUUGGGUCCAGCACAGCAUUCCUGCAACUACAGCUCAGGACCUUCAGCUGGGCUUUGAGGAAGAGUUUAAGCCCUGAUGGAAAUGACCAAACUUUGUGCUUGUCAUCACCAAAAAAAAGCACAAUCAGAAAACAAGUAACUCUGCUGCUUUCUCAGCCAAAUCACUGAAAUGCCAAACUUUGUAUUAUGAAGAAUUUUGCUCGGAGAUGUUUUAAUGCUUUGUGUUACAAAUAUAGUGAAGCCAUAUUGUGUAAAUGAGUAAAACCUGUAAAUACUUUAUAGCCAAGGAUGAGAUGCACUACGAGAGAUGGAGUUGAUGUGGAAAAUUUAUGUUUUAGAUUUGGAAUUUUUGUUGGUUUUAGUUUAUGGUUACAAGGUAUAACCUGAAAAACCCAUCAUGUAACUUCACUGAUCAGGAGCCAGAGACUUUUAUCUUUUUUUGAAGUCAGCUGUCCCAUUUCUUGCUAUUUUUAUACCAUAGGAAUUUUUCAUAUCCACACAAACACAAUGUAAUACAAACUGCAGAGGUUACCACUGCUCUGGGCUGGCCAUGGGAUGAACAUGAGCUUCCCCCCUCCCUUUCUUUCCCUGUCUGGGAGUCCCCACUGCCCCUUCCCCACACAGCUCCGCAGGCUCAGAGCAGCACCUUCAGGAAAAUGCCUUUUCCUCUUGUUCCAUAACUGGAAGUCUGAUUCCUACAGUAUUUAUACCAGUGCCUCAGUGCUGCAUUACCAGGAGGGCUGGGCACUGCUGCUGCCCCACAGCUCCAAGGACACAGGGGCUGGCUGCAGCACAGGCUCCUCCUCAGCACCUUCCUUUAAUCCAAACAGCUGCAGGGUGCAGGGCUGCAUGGGGAAUUCCUGCUGCAUCCCUGGCACAGCUCCACAGCCCAGCCUGUGCAUCCUGCUCCACUUGCCUUAGACACCCUUCCCCUCCAUCCUGCUGCAGCCACAGCCAGCCCUGAAUGCCUCUCACCCACUGCUGCCUCUCUCACAGCCUCAGCUCCCUCUCCUGCUCUGGUUCCUGACACAAUGCCAUUGCCCAGCCCUGCUCCUGGCUGGGAUGUGGGAUACACUGCAGGCCAUCCCCAGAUGUGCUCAGUGUGUGCAGAGCACGCUGCAGAUGUUGGUGUAUAACCUCUGCCAGACUACGCUGAAUAAAUUUUUACAAAAAACCAA